GUCCCACCCUCUAGAAAUUACAGCAGGCAGGUCAUAGUUCGCGUUGCCGUAACAUUCCAGUCGUUUAGUUUGAGCUAACGGUUUGCAAAUUAUUGAAUAACCUAACUGCUGACUGUAUGUCGGUGUGUAGGGAUGAAAUUGUGAAUUAGCUGGAAGUGGAACAAAAUCAACUUUAGCCUUUUAGCUGUUCCCUAUGCAUAUAGAACAUUUCCCACUGAGAAUUGCCUGAUCAGCUAUGCCUGUUGUAUACUCAUGCAUCACCAGAGGCCCCACCAUUCUCACUGACCUGGCUCUUACAGGUGGACAUUUUAAGGAUCAAGCACUGAGUCUAAUCCGACCACUUACAGUUGGACCUUUGUAUAGAAGAUCUGUCCUGAUAGAUGGCUUUAGGUAUCAUGUCCUGUCAGAGGAUGGGAUUACAUACAUCUGCAUCACAGAACCAAGUUUUGAAUCCAGGCACGCUCAUAAAUUCCUUGAUGAGCUCCAGAGGACAUUUGUGAACAGCCCUCUGAUAACAAGAGUGGCCUUUGCCCAGCCAUACGAAUUCAGCGCUGACUUCAGUCAGGUGCUCUGUAAGCAAAUGGCUGACUUCAGUGCCCAGCCAUCAUCUUCUCCAAGCAAAGUCAGUCAGGUGCAAGAUCAAGUCAAUGAUGUCAAAGUUAUCCUCAAAGACAACAUCAACAAAGUCUUGGAGAGGGGAGAGAGGCUUGAUGAUUUGAUCGACAAGACUGAUGAUCUACAGGCAACUGCAGAUUCAUUUCAGAAAACAUCAACACGGGUUGCACGAAAAUACUGGUGGAAGAAUAUAAAGAUGAUGAUCAUCAUUGGUGUCAUUGUGGUGAUCAUCAUUGUUCUCAUCAUCUUGCUGGCUACUGGUGUCAUCCCCUCAUAACUGUCUGACUGCAUGAUUGUCUUUGGGCCGCAAAUAUGUAUAUAUGUACUUAUAUGUAAUAUUGUAUAUAGAAGAUUUUUAUUGAAUGUUUUAUAUCCUACUACAAGAUUUUUAACUUGAAUUUAUUAUAUGUGGAAUUGAACAUAUAAAUAUGGCCCAGAUGUGCCAUUUAAUUGUUUCUAAAUUGUAAUUGUUUAAUUCUAAUAGAAACACCAACUCACUCCUAUACAUCAAUGUCAAAGUUGAAAUUACUGGACAAAAUCUAAAUGAAUAAAUGCAAAUGAGUAAGUGCAAAUCAGUUCAAUUAGUUUCCCAUACUUGAAUGGUUUAUUUGUUGAGAAUUUUAAAAGUGUGAAAAAUGUUGGGACUAUAGGGGAAUUCUGUCAAGUGGGCUAUGUUGAUAACAUGUACAGUUAAAUCAAAUCCUGUACCAGUGGAGCCAAAUGCAGUAUCUGAUAUCACUAAGGAUUUAUCAAAAGAAAGCUUAUAUUCCACAGUGGCUUCACGUCUCUCAUACAUGUCAUAGACUAGAAUGGAGAUCGUUGAAUAUUAACUGAAGUUUAUUGUCUUUUGUUUAGAGUACUUUAUCCCAUGAUUUGCUUCUACUUGUGACAAAUAUCUGAAAUGGAAAUAGUUUAACUGCACUAAAAGCUUUGGAUAAAUAAAAAAGGGCUUGCCACAAAUAAAAAACAAACUGAAACAGAA